GAUACACCCAGGCAGGGUGCUUAAAAUGGUCCGGACUGUGCUCUCUCUCUUUCUCUCUCUCGCUCUCUCUAUAUAUAGAAGUGUACAUUCAGUCUGUGAUUCUCUAUCAUUAACUUAAGCAGUACUGCAUUUCCACGUGCAGUCAGAAGCACAACCUUUUAUCAGAAUAACAAUGUUCCUGUUCCUGAAGUCAUUCCUAAAACCCAAACAUUUUUACUAUGGUCUAUCCUCUGUAUAGCAAGGAAAAUUGUUACUAAAAGUUGGAAAUCCCAGUCUACUCCUCUCUUUGAAGUCUUCAACUUUUCCAGUUCUGAUAAAAAAAAAAAAAAACAGCCACAAGUCCUUUUUACAGCAUCAGGAGUCAAAAAGAAUCUUAAAUUCAAUAAUCUAAAGUGGAAUUCACUUGUCUAUGGGGUUAAAUGGAGAGUGAAAGUACAAAACUACUGGAUGCGUCCUUUUGGCAGUGGAUAGUAUCAUCAUUUGUGACAAGUAAUACAUAACUGGCUAUUAUUUUGACCUGACUGAGAUACCCACUCACCAUCUGUAAGCAAGUGUAGCAAGCAAGUAACUGAGGCUUUUGUCAAAGCCAACAUCCAUUAUGAUGAGAGAACACGUCAUAACUUAAACAUGUCAAACAUUCGUGACAUGAAACUUCUGUCUCAACACUAUUAAUCAGUUUAAUUAUUAGUUCACUUCAUAGAUUUCUCAUCAAAGUAGUCUUAUCUCAGUCUUCUUCUAGGCUACAUCAUCCGCAUGUUAAGAAAUCAGGCCCUUUAUUUAAUUACUGUUGUCGGAAUCUCAAGAAUAUACAUAGAUAUUAUGUAGAGCAUGCAUGGACAAUAACUUCAUAGCCACUGCCCAUUUUAUUAAACAAGUAUAGAAAUUUUAAAUUCCUGGAUUAUCUUUAAUUUUAGAUUAGAAGACUGCAUGCCAGUGUUCCAUUGCAUUUGUCAGGAAGCUAUUACCUAGACCUCCACUGCUAAUAUGUUUUUUUCUGGUAUUUCUCAUAUACAUGUGUCAUUGUAUUAAAUGGUUGUGGACCUUCCUUUGACAAGCACUGUAGUCUCUGUAACCUACAGGUUCAAAGACUGCAGCAUUUUCUUCUUAGCAGUUGUUUUGUGAUUUACAUUAAUUUGUAGCAGUUAUGUCCCAUUCCUAUACUCUGGUAGUAUCUCUGCUUUAUACAGUUACAUAUUAUCUACUUUGAUUCACUGCAUUUUUUUUUAUUCUGUAGUUACUCUAACCAGAAUAUAAUUCCAUUAUAUUGGCAUCCUAAAAGACUCCAUAUCUGCCUAUAUUAUAUAGGGACUGUAUAGGUAACAGGACAGAGAGUUACAGCUCUGAGCUGUUAAUGAACUGCUUCCUGUAGUCAAAGGUCCAGGGUUUGAUUCCUUCCACCUAUAUUUGCCUAAUCUGUGGCUUUGAGUUUUGUCUGGGAGUUACUACAGAUGACUAAAGCUUUGACUUGUUAAUGAACUGCUUCCUUUGCCAAGGUUGCAGGGUUUGAAUCUUCACACCUUCAUUUACCUACUCUGUGACCUUGAGCAAGUCAUUUAAUCACAUAUUGCUUUGGGGCAUUUGGCAAUUUGAGAUAAGCUUUUUAGUAGCCUCCUGGAUUGCAGGUCUACUUAUUACUUAUGAACUGCAAUCUUGUCCUGGGUUGCCUUUUAUACUCUGCAUAAUAUAAACAAACUGAGAUACCAUGCAGAAGCUAUUGCGGCUCUUUCGGAAGUACCCAUGGCUGAGUAAUGUGACCGUCUAUGGCUCCCUCUUUGCCAGUGCAGAUCUAGUCCAGCAGUGGCUUACGAAGAGCAAAGAUGAAGUGAUUGAUUUAACACAGACAGCAAAGGUGGGACUGAUUGGACUUUGCUUUCAUGCCAACUUUAACUUCUUCUGGUUUAAAGCCCUCGAACAUGUAUGGCCAGGAUCUGCUGCUCGCUGUGUCAUCAAGAAGGUGGUUACUGACCAGUUGGUGGCUGGUCCUAUCACAAUCAGUGCUUUUUACACAGGUUUAAGCUUUUUAGACGGCGAAGAAGAUGUUUUCAAAACUGUGAGAGAAAAACUGUGGCCAACAUAUAAGACUGGAGUGGUGUACUGGUCCACUGUUCAGGCUGUAAAUUUUAGCAUCAUCCCUCCCUUUGUCAGAACUGCCUACAUUGGGGCCUGCUCCUUUGUCUGGACCAGUUUUCUGUGCUACGUAAGGCAUCACAAUGUGGACCAAGUACUGAAGAACCUGCUUCAGAUGCUACCAACUUCCACCAAGAACUUGGCACAAGAUACACAGAAGGAAAAGGACUCUCCUGGCAAAUAGUUUUGUCUCAUCUGUCAGACACGUCACAGGAAGAAUGGCUGUUGCUAUUAAAGGAAAUCAUGUCUCAUCCUGCUUACUUAAUCCAAAGCUGUUUUUUUUCUCUGUGGGCCCAGGUUACUUCUGUUUGUUUCCUUAAACAGUUACAUACUAGUUAGUAGGUUUUGAAUGUCACUGAAUGUGAUUCUCAAUUAAUUUUGAUUGUAUGCCAUGCUUUCUGGGGAUUAUACACUCCUGUUGAUUUCAAAAUACAGUAUUUAAUAGAUUACUUAGAAAUUCAGUGGAUUUUUUUUGUUUUAAAUUUGAUAAACAUUCACAAACUCUU